CGCCUCUCCACCUCCAACUUCUGCCGCCCGUUACUCAUCAACACGCCUCUGCACACCCAGAAGCUCUCCGCGCGGCGCGUGUCACAUCGACGAGGCCGCACCUCUGACUGUCAGCACUUUUGCUGCUAGCCUCGCAACUCUGCUGUAGCCGCUCCAUUCCUUGGACGCUUACUGCGAUUGCAUCACAAGUUGCCUGCCAUCCAUCCCACUACGCUACCGACUCACCAGUACUCCGGCCGCCAACAUGUCCGCCGCCACGACUACCAAUCCGCGUCGCCGCCCGGCUAGGGCCACUGAUCCCGCGAAUCUAAUCGAUGCUCUACAGAACAUGUCGAUCCGUAAAGGAGAUACCUUCCAUCCCAACACCAACACCAGCAAGAGCAGCUUCUGGGACCCACUAGAGUCUAGGUCCAAAGCGACGUCCAUGCCGCUCCGCUCUACCACAUCUCCAAAGUCUUUGGAAGAUCUGCUUCUGGGCGCCGGCGAGCGUCAGGUUGCGUCCCUCCUCAAUCGAGUCGACCAAGCCGUCGCUGCUAAAUCCAAGACGGCUUUGGGCAAUGUGCUGAGCGAGCCAGAGGUCUUGCCGUUGCCGACCUUCAUGGUGAAUGGAGCAUCGUUGCCCGAGCGUGCCCAGAAGACUCGCAUUCGACAUCACAGCCAUUCUUCUGACAGCGGCAUUGGAUCUUCAAUCGCUGACUCUGAGGAGUCCGGCUCGACAGCCAAGCAAUCCACCCGAACCGUCCGCAGUGCCCCUGCUGGCACCACUCAGUCAUUCAACGCCAUCUCUGACGCCGCAGAGGAGCGUGGAUUGAGCAAGUACGCUGCCGACCAAAUCCACAAGCACAUUAUCAAGCCCAUCCUCCAGGAGGAGUCACUCCAAGACUUCCAUGAUUUGAUCAAAGACGUUCCUGCUCGGAUUGGCAGCAAGGAGAUCAAGACUCUCCGUGAUCUCGAAAAGACCCUCAUCUUCCUCGCACCGGAUUAUUCUGCGACUCCUUCGAAAUAUCUUCAGUUUUGCGAACGUACCAUCCGCGUCCUCCACACCACUGUCACCACUCUUCACGAGUCCGACCAGCGCUCUGUGCCAAAAGACCGACCGUAUACGCAAGGUUACUUUUUCGACUUGGUGGAGCAGAUCCGCCGCUACGCAACUAUUCUGGCAGCAACUCGUGAAGCCGAGGCCAAGGGCAAGAAGCCCGAGAACGACGCAAUGGAUACUGCAGAGGAUCCGCAGGUGAAACUGCAUGCUGGAAUGACUCACGGAAAGCCGGCUGAGCUUAUUUACAACAAUGCGAACGGCAAAGCUAUAUCACUCGCUGACGGCCGCACUGUCUCUGAGGAGGAACUCGUAUCCUCGUCCAUGAAGCGACCAGCAGAAUAUGUCGACGAUGACGAUGCCCUUCGCUCCAUGGCGAGGCGCAAGAAGAACGCCAAGCCAGAGAUUCAUACUUGCGAACUCUGCUCGAAGGAGUUCAAGCGCCCGUGCGAUCUCACGAAGCACGUCAAGACACAUGAGCGUCCAUGGAAGUGCCCUGAGAUGGACUGCAAGUACCACGAGUAUGGCUGGCCAACAGAGAAGGAGCGCGACCGCCACGUCAACGACAAGCACUCCUCUGCGCCAUCACUCUACCACUGUCUCUUCAAGCCAUGCCCUUACACUUCGAAGCGCGAGUCCAACUGCAAGCAACAUAUGGAGAAGGCACAUGGCUGGAACUAUGUGCGCUCCAAGAGCAAUGGCAAGGGUCGUGCUUCUACCGUCACCCGUCUUCCCCAAGGCUCCGUUCCACCAUCACCAUCUUCGGCGAUGCUGACCCCGCUGACACCCAUCGCGCCGUCGCCAUCGACGCACUCUUGGUCUGAGUCCUCGAGACGCGGUUCAAUGGCGCCACCACCUACGGCUGGCCCAAGCAACUACAACACUCCAUCGUGGGGCACACCAGCUCCCGACUUUGUCCAGCACUUCAACAUGGACAAUGUCCAAUUCGAUUUCAACGACAUCCAGUCUUGGCCGACCUCAGCUUUCCCCAUCACGCCUGCGAUGAGCGAGGAGCGUCGCCCAUCCACGAGCUUGUCGUCCAACUCUAUGCAGUUCGAUGGCAGCUCCUUUGACGAUGCUUCCCCACAUAUGUUUACCUUCAACGACAACGACUUUACCUUCCCGGAGAACUUCCAGCAGUUCACACCGAACUCCAGUGUGGCAGGUCCAAGCUCUGGUGCACCACAAGCCUCACCCGGUGCCCAUAUGGAUCAGACAUUCACGGAUGCCGCAAUGAUGGAUGCCGGUUAUGGUCCCACUGAGGAUUUCACGCUCUUUGGCGGCAAUUCGGGUCACGACACCCAGAGUGCUGACAUGUUUCCCACCCUCGAUCAGAGCAGCUGGGGACAGAUGAGCUCUAACAACUAUGGUUCUCACUUCGACAAUGUCCCCGCUCUGCCGGCCGGCAACACCAACAGUGCUUUGGCAGAGCUCUUCCCUGAGCUUGUCGACAAGAACUAGCAAAGCCGCCAGUUAUUGCAACCCGAAGCGCGGCGGGAGGACGUCAAGCUUUCACGAAACAGCAUUACGACUUUAUGGAUUUUAUGACAGUACGGUUUGAGUCUUUUCUAUCGGCGAUGGAACUGAAUACUCCCGGAAAUACGUGUACGAGAAUGGCAUGCACUGUGCUGCCUCUUUUUUACCUUGGUGAUAUGAGAUGGAGGAGAUACUACCAAGGCGUUGAUUUAUGGAUGGACACUGCUCCUUCUCAGAUUGUACCAUAGAUAGGCUGGACAGCUCGAAACAAGAAUGGAGUCGACGCCAAG